UAAGCACACAUUGAUUAUUUUAAUCUCACAUAUAAAUAUAUGUACAUAUCUGCAAAAGGCAUAAUCAUCUUUAAUUCUGCAAAACAUAUAUUAAAAGAUUGUUGUAUAGUGCUUCUGUGACCAGGGCUUCAAAAACGAGUGGGCAGCACUCGAGCGCAACAGCUGUUCUGCUUACAAGCAGUCUGAAUUUUACAAUUUUAUAAGAUGGACCCAAAUAUACCCAUUAAAAAGGACGUAGACGAUCCAAUCAAAAAGAAAUCAGAUAAUAUUGUAACAAGCCAUGUGAAACGCGUCGUGUUGGAUUAUUUAAAGAAAAAUGGCUGCACGCGUGCCAAUUUGGAAGCCGUUGCAUGGGCAAGGCGCAACAAUCAGGAGCAUGUCAUAGAUUACAUAUGCCAUGCCUACAAAGAGGCAGAGACCCGAGUUAAUCAAGAAUGUGAUUCAGUUAGCCUCAGCCACAUCAACCAAUGGCUAGAGUUGUUAAACACGGCGGAAUUGUCAGCACUCUGCGAAUAUGAAGCAGCUGCCGUGCUGAAUGCCAUAGUGCGCACAGAAGCGCAACCAGAGCCGGAUCAACUGGAUGGAAUCAACAUGGGUGAGGUAUACGGUUUUCUUGAGAAUGCUCUAACUGGGCAGCCGCAGAAGAAAUUAGGCACAGCCAGCGAAGCGUUUCUUGCACGUGAAAUUGAGCUGCUCAUUGAGGAGGCCAACAAUGAUCAUUCCGAUAAUGUGGCACGGCGCAUGGGGAAGAAUCUCUAUGAAAGGCAGGAGUACAACUAUGAGGCGGAGCCGAACAAAUGCAGUUUGGAUCCAUUGUUUUUAGAUGAAUAAAUUUAGAAUUGUAAAAGAAAUCGUAAUCAAACACAUUCGUAUCCACACAUAUUUAUUAAACAUUUAAAUUCAAUUGUUUAUCGAGUUAAAUUGUACACGUACAUUUGUCACAAUCCUUAAAACUGUUAAAGUUGCUCAAUCUCAAUUUCAAUCCUACUUAGGUGUAUAGACUGCCUGCAUCUUGUAUAUAUCUUGUCCCAUUGUACGUAUUUGUAAGAUAAUUAAUACAUACAUACAUAAUUUAAGUACAUUUCUAUGUAUAAACAGUUGUUAGCACAUUUAAAAUUUAAAU